UUUUGGAUAAAAAUUUAACUUAAGCCAAAAUUUACCAGUUUUAUAAAGCUGCCCUUGGCAUCAUGAAGAAAACAGAAAGCUCUCUCUCCAUUCUAUUGUAUUGUGGCUCUAGCUUUAUUGGGAUUUAAUAUCUGAAUCACCAAAUGACUUCAUAAGUACCUAGAGGGCAGGAAACAUGACUUAGUACAUUUCUCCGUGUACACUGGGAUUAUUUUCCAAUUUCUUUUAAGGUCUAGAUAUGGGAACAAGUGCUAAUACUUCCACAUGGGUGAUGAGAGUUUGAACUUGAACCCUGUGCUUCUGCUGACCCUAGAUACUCUCUAGGAAUCCUGUGGAAGUAGGCAAGAAAAAAGAGAAUUCCCAGUGGAUAUGUCAGCCUCCAAUAUGACCUCAACUCAUCCAGCUGCCUUCUUGUUGAUGGGGAUCCCAGGCCUGGAGCACCUGCACAUCUGGAUCUCCAUCCCAUUCUGCUCAGCCUAUACACUGGCCCUGCUAGGCAACUGCACCCUGCUCUUCAUCAUCCGAGGGGAUGCAGCCCUCCAUGAGCCCAUGUACCUCUUCCUGGCCAUGUCGGCAGCCAUUGACCUGGUUCUGUCCUCUACAACACUGCCCAAAAUGCUUGCCAUAUUCUGGUUCAGGGAUAGGAAGAUCAACUUCUAUGCCUGCCUGGUGCAGAUGUUCUUUAAUCACUCCUUCUCCAUCAUGGAGUCAGCAGUGCUGCUGGCCAUGGCCUUUGAUUGCUAUAUGGCCAUCUGCAAGCCCUUGCACUACACCAUGGUGCUGACUGGGCACCUAAUCACCAGGAUUGUCAUGGCUGCUGUACUCCGAGCUGUGACACUAAUGACUCCACUCCCUUUCCUGCUCAAACGCUUCCACUAUUGCCAAGGCCCAGUGAUUGCCCACUGCUACUGUGAACACAUGGCUGUUGUAAGGCUGGCCUGUGGAGACACACGCUUCAACAAUAUCUAUGGCAUUGCUGUGGCCAUGUUUAUUGUGGUAUUGGAUCUGCUGUUUGUUAUCCUAUCUUACAUCUUUAUCCUUCGGGCAGUUCUACAGCUUGCUUCUCAGGAGGCUCGCUAUAAGGCAUUUGGGGCAUGUGUCUCUCACAUAGGUGCCAUUCUAGCCUUCUACACACCUGUGGUCAUCUCCUCAGUCAUGCAUUGUGUGGCCCGCCAGGCUCCUUCCCAUGUCCACAUUCUUCUUGCUAACUUGUAUCUGUUUUUCCCACCCAUGGUCAACCCUAUCAUCUAUGGCGUCAAGACGAAGCAGAUUCGUGAGCGAGUCAUAGGACUAUUCCUGAGAAAGGAUGUGUAAAUGGAGGGCAUGGGAUGUGUGGAGCCAUAUAGGACAGUUUGAAUGUUGCAUAAUAGCAAGUGGAGGGUUGCCAGAAUCUCCAUGUUUAGUUAUUUCCCAGUAUAAUGAAAAAAAUAAAUGGUGUCCUGAAACUCACAAUUUUCUAAUCAGGACUCACAGGUCUGUGUCCCCUCAUAGCCUCUGGACUUGAGUUGGUGAUUUUGCUGUCUCUUUACAGAACCCUCCCUUUUGUCAGAUUCUUGACCCAAUAUCUUCUGGCGAGCUCACCUAGAGACACAAAAAUAUUUCCAAGUUCAUUUAUUUAAGAGACUGUGAGUUUCUAUCCCAAGUAACUGGGAACUUGGUGAGCUAUCCACUCACCACCUGAGAGGACCAGCAUUACAUCUGUUGUAGGAAUCUCUCCUUAGUCACUCUGACAGGUGAUGUUCAACUUUUGCCUAAGCACUCCUGUGUUGGGGGAGUUUACAACCUUGCAGUGCUACCGAUUCCAAGUCAGACAACUCUGCUUGUUGGGAAGUUAUUUCUUCACUUGAACCAGCCUACAGAGUUUUUGAUUUCUUCUUUUGAGCUCUCCAUGUUCAUGGCUAAUCUUUCUCAUUAAACACUUUGGAUAAGACAUGUCCUUGACAUCUCUUUGUACAUCAUGCAACUCUUUUUUUGCACAUAGACAUAUUUUAUAUCUUCAACAAGGAUGUGAGUCCCUCAUUUACUAAUUCUCCACUAAAUAUUGAACAUUAAGAGUGUGCUAAUUCCUUGCUCAGUACAGGUGAUACACAGGCUGCUAAGGCAGGGAUGCCACACCUAUGUUUCUGUUCUGAGACAGAGAAAGAAAUGAUAAUCACAGUGCAUUGUGAUCUCUGAACUUCCCACCCAGGGGCCCAGCAUAGUGGAAGAAAUGUGAUGGAAAAGCGAAUGGGAGAUGGGAAUAUUGACAUGUGUUUUUCUCUUUCUCAUGCAAAACCAGAUACUAGAGAAUUCUUAAUGUUAAUGCUGACAAGUGCAGCUUUACUGCUCACACAAGCCCUCAUACACCAUCUUCCACAAGUGCAUUCUUCUACAUUUAUCUUGUGACCUUUUUGUUUCCACAGAGACUACUGUUUAUAAGUUAUAAAAUUAUGUCUAUGUCCAUAUGUACAUCUAUAUCACCUCUCUAUUUUAUUUAGCCUUGAAAGAUGAUCUCUAAGCCCGUGUCAGCUGGGGUGUAGAAAUUUGGGAGUUGUGGAAGCUUAGGAGGUGAAGGGAGUGGCAAGAACCUAAAGUUCUCCUUUCCCUUGUUUCCCACCUCUGUUCUCAUGAUUUCCUCUGACACCAACACAAAUACUCCAGGGUAAUGAUACUCUAAUUCUAGCUCCUUUGUAGUCACAAUCCCUUGCUUGUUUCUUCUGUGCAUAGCUGGGGCAUGUUGGAAGCUUACAAAGCCUUUACAUACUCACAACAUAUAAGCAUAGUUGUUAGCUACCGUCUAGUCAGCCCUUAACUUAUGGUGGCCUGAUGCACAACAGAAUGAACCACUGCCCAGUCUGGUGCCAUUCCCAUGAACGCAUGUGGAUCAGACUGUUGUGAGCCAUAGGGUUUUCUUUGGCUGAUUUUUGGAAGUGGACCAUCAAGCCUUCUGCCUUUCUUCCUAGCCUGUCUUAGUCUGGAAGCUCUGUUGAAACCUGUUCAGUGUCAUAGCAAUAUGGAAGCCUCCAUUGGCAGACAGGUGGUGGCUGUGCGUGGGGUGCAUUGGCCGGGAAUCAAAUGUGAGUCUCCUGCAUGGAAGGCCAAAAUUUUAAAAAAGUUAACAAUCACUGCCCCCUGAUUUUCAAUCCUUUACCCAAUUUCUUUAAUAUCAAUAUUUCAUGGUUACCUUCUUCCCUCAGUUUCACGUAUGCCAUUCAGAUCCUCUGAAAUGAAAUUUCCUAAAAUCGUUCCCUUGUCUCCUCCUUCCUGCUCCCUGUUAACCCUAUUAUUAGAAGGAGAUAUGGGAUAUCGCACAGCCAUUUGUCUAUUUAGAUUGGAGAAUAACCUGGUUUGAGGACUUCAAUUCCAUUGGACAGUAAGGUCUCAUUCCAAGACUCAUUAGAUUAAGAUUUAUCACAUAUUGCCUCCAUGUUUUUCUGGGGAAAGUAAAAGGACUGGAAAAGCUUACCAACAAGAUUGAAAUUUUCUAGACCUUUACUAACAGAAUUGUAGACUGUCUUCAAGAAGGUGUUAGAGUAUAACAUAACUUCUGGAAAUUGUGCUUUAUGACACUGUCAAAGAGACAUUAGAAAUUAUCUACCAAAAGGGUCGAGGAUAGAAAUCUUACUUCUUGUGGUCUGUAUGCUUGUGCUUAUUGUGCUUAGUUUUAUGAAGUUAAAUAGGUAUGGAAAGGGAUAUUGUAGUACAAAACUCAUGCCCUGAUUUUCCCUCUCCAUUUCCUGAAGGUGGGUCUACACCGCACAGAAAACUCAUGAUCAAACAAAAUAGGCUCUAACAUUUCACUUAGACUCUUAUUCCCACAGAUCAGGUAAGACCCGGGGAUUGCAGAGGCUUCCACAGUCAAGCCUUUUCUGCCAUUACUAAACAUUUAUAUGUGCCAUAGAUGCAGAACAGUCACCUGGGUUGAGCCCCUGCCUUAAGAAUGUGUACAAGUCUCUCUUGGAUCUGCUUGGAAUGGACAGCAUAUACAACUGGGUUAAGGAAAGGUGGGAUGAGGAGAUAAAAGUUGGCCAGAAGGAUAUGGAUAUGGGGAGGCACAUGAUGGCCAAAGCGGUGGGUGAGAGAGGAAACAGCAAUGGGGAUAUAGAAAACAAGGUUGGCACAGAUGUGAGAACCACAUGUCCCCAGGGCUUUAAGCUUGGCUUCAGGGGUUGCCAGACCAUCACAGCCCUGAAAAUCAUCACAUAGGAGGCAGUGAUGGCUAUUGAAUCCAGGAUCAAUAUCAGGAAUCCAAUUCCCAUUCCAUAUAAGUUGUUGACUGUUGUGUCACCACAUGCCAAGGGCACCACAGCCAUGUGCUCACAAUAAGAAUGGGCAAUUAUUUGAGUCCGAUAAAGGGACAGCUUAAGGUGGAUCAUCAGGGGCAGGGGUCCAAUGUAAAGUAGCCCCUGGAGGAGUACAGCCAGCCCCAAACAGCCCACUACCUCAUGGGUGAGCACUGAUGUGUGACGUAGUGGGUCACAUAUGGCCACAUAGUGAUCAAAAGCCAUGGCAAGGAAGAUGCCUGACUCAAUAGUGGCGAAACAGUGGACGAAGAACAUCUGUGUCAAGCAGGCGUCCAGGCCAAUGUUGCAGGCACCAAACCAGAAGAUGGCCAGUAGUUUGGGCAUGGUAGAGUUUGACAGGACCAGGUCAAUGAUGGCCAACAUGCACAGGAAGAAGUACAUGGGCUGGUGCAGGCUUCGUUCCACCCUUACCACCAGUAGAAUGGUCACAUUCCCCAACACGGCCACAAGGUACAUGGAGCCAAAGGGAAUGGAGAACCAGAUGUGCAAGGAUUCCAGCCCUGGGAUUCCAGUUAGCAAGAAGGAGGUAGGCAUUGAGCAGACAUUAUUAGAGGUAAACAUGUUUGGGAAUGUGAUGUAUCCAGGAGGCAGGAGGUCUUAGUUUUAGACUUCUACGCCUGUGUAAGACACUGCCUCUGGCAACUGUAGACUAGCUUUUCAUUUCUAUCCUGGGCAAGUGGUGGAACCUAUAAUGAAGAAGAUUUCUGAACGCCAACUUGAAAAUCAAUAUAUUAAAUAUUUGGAAAAGAAACUGUCCAUGAUAUCACCCCCUUGUUAAAUGCAGACACAGGAAUUCUCUUUAUUUCUACUGUGAAAUUGUCCUUCUACAGUGUAGAAGUCCCCCAAAAUGUUUAUCCCCAUUGACCUAAUUGAUUUGCUUCGGGGAACUUUUCUUAAAGGAAAUUGUAAACACAUACAAGUUCUAUGUUCAAUGAUUAAAUGCAAACCCAUAUAAUGUGCUUAUCCUGGUAUCUGCAUAUACUUCUCUUUUCACUGUAUCAAUAACAAUAAUAAUAACAUUGAUAACGAACACUGAUUAGCUAUUUGCAACUGCUGAUUUUUAUAGCAAUAAAAAGUUGGAAACAAGAUGUGUUAAAAAAAUCAUUGCUUAAAUUCUAGUGCAUCCAUUCAUUGAAUUAUAAUU